AUGGUACAACAGCAAGGUUUAAAAAUGACUGAAGAAUUAAUACAAAGAGUUGAAGUUGUUUAUAUAUUGGGACUAUUUUUACUAGGCAAACAUCGGAAAAAAGUUCAAAGAAAAUUAGCAGAGUUAAAGUUAGCAGCUGGUCUGAGUGAUUUAUUUGAACAAUUUAUAUGGAAAUGUAGACACAAUACAAGACAUAGAUUAAGAGGUCACAACGCUGCCUGUGAAUGUAGUCCUGAAGUGGCAUUAAAGAUCCAGUUUUUAAGAUUGGUUCAUAGUUUUUGUGAUCAUUCAGACUACAAGCAUUUACUAUUAUCAAAGAAUGAACUCAUUGAAGUCAAAAGAAUCAACUCCAAAGCUGGUGAUUUAGCCUUAACAACCCUUGAUAAUGUCAAUAAACAACUAAUGUGUCAUGGUAGUAAAGGUUUAUUAACUAAAAUAGUUGAAGUGAUGAAGAAAGAACCAACAACCUCGACAUUCAGAUUCUGGCUGGCCAGAGCAGUAGAAAGUUAUUUACGUGGUGAUACAUCAUUCUGUGAUCAAGUUUUCCUCAUGAGAAGGGGAUUAUUACAACAUGUAGCAAGUAAUUUAGUGGAACAUGAAAUACGUCAUAAAGAAAUUAUACAGAGUAGCUUUGACUUAUUGGGAGAACUUAUCAAAUUUAAUAUUGAGGCCUUCAAAACAUUCGAUAAAAUACUCAAUACACAAGCAAAAUUGGAUAAAUUUGUAGCCACUGUCAAUCGUAAUUUGGUUGAUUCCAAUAUGUUUAUUCGUAGUCUAAUUCUGUCUCUAGAACAUUUUACUAACAGAGAAAAAUAUUCCUACGCUGAAUAUGCCAAAAAAGAAAGUAAAUUAUUGCUAUAUAUUGGUGAUUUUAACAGACAGUUAGAUUACUUGUAUAAAUUAAUUAAAAUAAUAAGUGUUCAAAAUUUAACCCAGGAAAAUGUAAGUUGUUUAAAUACAACAUUAGUAUUUUUAAUGUUUGCUAAUCGAAAGAAAGAAUUACCAAAUUAUCUCCAAGCAUUACGUGAUGAAAGAGAAGACAUGUUAGAUGUAAAUGGUUCUAGUUCAGUCAUGAGAAAUUUCAGAGAUUUACUGAUAUUCUGGCAGGACCAUUAUUUACAUAAAGAUAAAGAUUGUAGUGCCUUAGAAAAGAGUUCACGAAUAAGCUUUUUAUAUUGGAAACAAACUGUGACUACAUUAGUGAGUGAAGAUAAAACGGAACUUUCAGCUGUGAUAAAUUAUAUUGACCCCUUACCUGGUGAUCGUACAAACUAGCGUAUUAUGAUAUCCUCCAUCUUAGUGAUUGUUCUUAAUUUAUAGACUUGUUUUGUUAUACAUUGUUUAUAAAAACAUAUACGGCUUUAGUGUGUUGAACACCGAACUUACAGGCUGCUGUUAGAUGCAAUAGAAAUUGUGUGGACAAUGUAAUUGAGGCGUCUUUCAUGUGUAUGUGGUCCAAGCCAGUGAAACUAAAUAUAUUGUUGAAGGCAGUGUAAAGGGUAACUACAGAAAAUAGUUUGUUUUUAAUCCAAAUUUUGACAAAACAUGCUCAACCAAACACAGAAAAUGAUUUUUAACAUCAAUGACUUUUUGAAUUCCAAUUGAAAAGGUAGAUUAGUUUUGGGGAAAGUUGUGUAUAUUUCUAUAUAUUUUGUGUAUAUAUAUACUGCAUGUAUACUUGAAGCAAUCUAGUUAUUGUAAUUAUAUUAGUCAAAAUGUACAUAAAUCAAAAUCUCUAAUGAAAUCUUUUUCUUGUGAUCCAAAUGAAUUUUUAUAGGAAAACUGAUUGAAAGACAGCUGAAGAACAGAUCUGCCUUCUUUUUAUAUAUGAAAUUGAAUUUGAAUUGACUUAAAAAAUGCAAUGCACUAAAAUCUGGGAAUACUGUUAUUUUAUGGCCAGCAUUGUUGAAAUUAUAGGGUACUUGUGCAAAACCUUUUUAAUCUAUUUAUUGUUUAUUAUUUUGUGUGUUCGUAACUUGUUUUUAAUCAUGAUAUUAUUUAUAAUUUCUUAGUUAUCUCUCAAACCAUAUCUCUAUUUAGUGCUAUUAAUAAUUGUCAGGUAUUGAGAGAAGUGAUAAACUUAACAAUGAAUUGAAUUUUAGGCGAAAAUUGUUAAUUUUGUGUCUUGUAUCUAAAUUUAUCUGGUUUGCUCAUUCUUAUAUAGGGCCACACGAAAAUAUAUUCCCAUACUAUAUUCCAAAUUUCAUGAAGGUAUAAGAGCCUUGAAUAAAAUACCAGUGAAUGGUUUUAAAAUUCCAAGCAGAGAUGCAAUGAAGAUCAUCAAUUCCUAUGCAUGUUCUCUUUAAUUGCCAUAUAUUUUCAUACGUGAUAUCUAUGCUUUAUGUUUCAAUCAUUAUAUCAUUGAAUGAGUGUGGUGAAGUAAGUUAUUUAUUGCACCAGUAUGGCUUUUUUCAGCAGAAGUUAAGAUAAUCAGAUACUGAGAUUUUAAACUUGUUAUCAAUUUAUAUACCAGUAAUUUUUAAAGGGAUUGUUUGAAAAUGCCUGUUUUAUAAUGUACUUGUGUGAUUUUAUAUAGUAUGUAUGUCUUAUGUAUGAUUGUUAAAACUGUUUUAGCGGGUAUUGUUGUAUUUUGUUUGACUGGUUGUGUUGUCCUGUCAUUUUGUAUAUUUAUCAUUGUAUUCCAUGUAUAAAUGUCAAAAUAAAUUUUUAUGGUAU